UAUGAGGUUGGUUUAUUCAGUUGAAUUUGCAUCAUGAAAUAGUAGUUUUAUAUAUAAUGGUUGAGUUCAAAACAGACAGUAUUUUGUGAUAACCUCACACUAAUUUCAUCUGUGAAAAAUGUGUUUGUAUAAGAAAUUCUGUACGUAAGAGACAUAACAGUGAAUUCCAAUUACGAUAGCUUUACAAAAAGAUACAACAGUACUAUGAAUUCAGAUUUAACUAAACAAACGUGACAUUUGAAAGUUGUUGAUGUGUAUUUAUGUAAAUUUUACAGCAUUUAGAAAAUUAUGGCACCAUCAGGAAGAAAAUCCACAGGGAAAAUAGCCAAACGAACACAGGAAAGUGCAGCUGUACAUGUCUAUAAAUUUGAAGAUGACCUAAAAAAACAUCUGAGUGGUUCUGACGAGGACAUUAGAGAAGAUGAAGCUCCAGUGAUAGAUAAACAUGGGAAGAAAAGACCAGUAACUCCUCAUGAGGGAGUUGAGGAUGAAGUUGGGGGAGAAGUGCAGAAUAUGCUGGAACGAUUUGGAGCGGAUAUUAACAAAGCUCUUCUGGCUAAAAGAAAAAGAUUAGAAAUGUAUACAAAGGCUUCCCUUAAAACAAGCAACCAGAAAAUAGAAUUUGUUUGGAAAACGCAACAGGAGCAAAGGCAAAAGGUUAACCAGGAGUACUCUCAGCAGUUCCUACAUGUAUUUCAACAAUGGGAUGCUGAUAUACAGAAAGCAGAGGAACAGGAAGAAAAGCUAGUGAAUGUAUUUCGACAACAACAGAAAGCUUUCCAGCAAGCAAGAAUAGUUCAAAGUCAAAGGCUGAAAACAAUUAAGCAGUUGUAUGAGCAGUUUAUAAAGAGUAUGGAAGACAUGGAAAAGACUCAUGAAAGUCUUUUAGCAGGGGCACAAAGUGAACUUCGCAAAGAAAUGUCCAUGUGGCAAAAGAAAAUCAUGAUGGACACACAACAGCAAGAGAUGGCAACUGUUCGCAAAUCUCUUCAGUCCAUGUUAUACUGAUGGUUCAAUGGAGAAACAACUUGUACCUAAAUAAUAUGAUACAAUUAUACACAUUAGCCAUUGUGAGAAGAAAAAAGAGACUGUUUCACAUUCCAUGUUAAAAAUUACAUGUGCCUGAAUACUUCAUUGUUACAAAAGAAAUCAACAAAUAAUAACAAUUACUGUUUUUUUCAUUUUUCACAAUAUAAUUCUUUUACCUUAACAUACUUUUUUUCCCUUCAUUUUCAAAUUACAAAUGUAAAUGUAUGGGUUAUGAUAGUAUCUGUAAACUUCAAAAUAUCUAUACUGUAGACUUAUCCCUAGUUAGGCACAGUGGUUACAAAAGUCCAUUAGCUGAAUUGGAAAUUCAAGUCAAAAUGAAAAAGUCCUAAAAGCUGGGGGUGGGGGAAAAUCAGUCACACAUUAGAAGUAAAGUGCUUUAACAUAAGAAUUGAACAAUCUGUUUACAAAUUCCUUACAAUCUUAUCUUAUUACAUUGUAUGUUUUCCAGAUUUAGUAUUGUAAUAAUUUAAAGGUAUUAAUAUACUAAUGUAUUAUUUGAAGGAAAAGUUAUGGGCUAAUAAAUUGAUACAUCAAACCUAGUGCUUUGAAAAUAUUGGUUUAUGUAAUUUAAUAAAAAACAAGUACCAUUGGAGUGAUUAUUGAAUAGAAAGUAAGAAAGCAUUAAAUUUGAAAUGAAAUGUUUCUUAUCAUCCAUUGAAAUACUACAAGACAGAUUCAAUGAGGUUGCGAAUCAAAAUUUGAAAAGGUAAUUUACAUUUUCAUAGUUCAAAAACAUUGAAACAUUACAAAUGCAGUAUUUACACAGUUAUGGAAUAGUUAAAGCAAUUUAGAAUUGUGUUUGACUUACAUCUGAUCUUUUUAAAAAAAUAUCAAUUAUAUUGCUUUCAUUUUUCACCAAAAUUUGCUUGAAAUGUUUGAUUAUAUUUAAAUAUCAAGGUUUGGCACUUACUAAUUAUCAUGAUGCCAUUGCAUUAAGUACUGGUUUUCUAUAUAGAAUUCACCAUGGUUGCAUAAUGGCAAUUUUUCAACUGAAUCUGCAAAUGUAAUUUUUAUAUAAUAGCUUAUGAAACUUUUUAUUUAAGCUUCAUUUAAAAGUCAAGGUAAUAGAUUAUUCUUAUAAUUCUGUUGGGUUUUCUAAUUUCUAGAGAGAUAUAAUAAUUAGUGAUGCAGAUUGGAAUGUUUUUACUUCAUAUAUAGGGAAGUGGCCGCUUGGGAUUGAUUCUCUUAUGAAAGUGUAGAAACCCUACAACUGUUUUUAUUAUAGUAUCAAAACUAAGAUGAAACACAUUUUCUGAAAUCAAGCAUAAUUUCUGUUAAAUGUGCUUAGAUGGCUUCUACAUUAUUAUAUUUGUUUUCCAUAACCUAAGAAUAAUUUUUGAAAGAUAAAUUAAUAAAUUAACAAACCUCAGGGUUGCAUGAAAAAUAAACUAUCAUUUAACAACACAAGGAAAAGAACUAGUUGUAAGUUUUUCUAGAGACUUAAACGUUCAAAAGGAAGAAUAUGUAUUGCUGGCUAUGCAAAAUAAUAUUUAAAAAUGUUAAUGUAUAAUAUUAAAAAUGCAGGUAUAUAAUCCCAAUGUAUUUGUAACACAUUUGUGUAAAUGAAAAUAGAUUUUUUGUUGUUUUAAAUGUAAUGGACCAGAUUAUGCUCAAAAAUGGAAUAGCUUCACAUUUUAAAAAAGAUGGAUUUCAUUCUAAUAUGCAGGCUCGUUGCAGUUGUUACUCUUCCCACACCACUCGCAAAUUUUCUUUUUUUAUAAACAGCUGUCUGGGAAGUUACAAUUUGCAAAUAGCAAACUAGGGCAUCUAAUCCCAUAUUUUCAUUCGAUGAAAAGCAAAUAGAGGUAAUCCUCGGGUUAUGACCAUUCAUUCAGCAAUCAUUCAAAGUUGCAAUGGCACUGAACAAAUGGUACUUAAGAUUGCUCCUUAUAUUUCUGUCCAUUGCAGCAUCUCUGAUUAUAUGAUAAUGUUUUUUGAUGUUCCCUGCCAUCUCCCCACAAGUAAAGUCUAUUAAGAAACUGGUCAAAAAUUGCAGCCAAUGCAAUUUAGUAAUGCCAGGGACUUCUGUUGCUAAGUGACAAUGUUGUGCUUUAUGACUAUUGUUUAAUGGGAAUUCAGGUUCCAAUUGCCAUUGUAAGCUGAGCACUACCGCUCAGGGGUAAGUGUCAGAUGCCAGGGGAGGAAAAUGUUUAAAUGUUUCUGUCUACCACAAACUUUAAUUGAAAGUAAAACUACAAACUAUAGUUUGGUCAGCCUGAAAAUAAUACAAUAUCCUUUUGAUCACUGAUUUCUUUAACUACAUUGGUUACAUUUUUAGCCAAUUUCUUGAAAGCUUGAGACAUGACAGAAUGUUCAAUGAGCUAUUAUGUAAUUUUUGUACUAUAUACUAAUGGUAAAUUUACUCUCCUAAAAA